AUGAUAGUAGACCUGCCUAAGGACGGAAGCAAUGACUCCAUCUUAGUCAUAGUGGACAGCUUCACAAAGUAUGGGAUUUUUGUCAAAUGUUCCAAAAAGCUCAAAGCCCCUGAACUAGCGGAAUUAUUCCUGGAACACGUGUGGAAACGGCACGGCAUGCCUGAAAAAACGGUCUCAGACAGGGGAAGGGUGUUCAACAAUAAAUUUCUGAAGGCACUGUACAAACGCCUAGGAAUUGACCCCCAUUUCUCCUCAGCGUACCACCCCCAGAGCAAUGGACAAACGGAGCAAGUCAACCCUUCCAUUGAACACUUCCUAAGGGCCUACUCGGGGGUUAACCAACGGGACUGGUCUAGGUGGCUGCCAAUGGCGGAAUUUGCAUACAAUAACGCCGUGCACAGUAGUACUGGGAAAACUCCUUUCAAAGCCUUAUACGGGUGGGAACCCACCUUAACCCCAUCCAACGUACCCACAGAUGUUCCAGAAGCGGAUGAACUUGCCCAAACAAUGGAAGCGCAAUGGAAGGAAGUAGAAUCGGCCCUCCGGCAAGCCAAGCAACGGAUGACAGCUGGAGAAAGCGGAAGCCCAACGGAAUUUGAAAUUGGAGAAGAAGCUUGGCUCGACGCCAAGAAUGUCAACCUCAAAACCUUAAGCCCCAAACUAACAGAACAACGUUUGGGCCUGUUCAAGGUUACCAAGAAAAUCUCCGACCGCGCUUACCGGCUUGAACUACCCCCAACAAUGCGCAUUCACAACGUCUUCUACGUGGGGCUUCUAUCUAAAGUCAAAAGGGACAACAAACGCGCCUUUGAGAACCGCCCACCACCAGUCACCGUGGAUGGGGGGGAAGAAUAUGAGGUGGAAGGGAUCACCAAUGCUGAAGAAAGGAACAGGAAAUGGUUCUUCCAAGUCAAAUGGAAGGGCUACAGAUCUGAAGAGAAUACAUGGGAACCUUGA